UAUAACAAAUGUUUAACAUGCGAGUGUGGACUGGCCAGCAAGUUGGCCCAAAGUCUUGCCCCUAAGGCCUGUCAGUGUCAGAGUCAAAACCAUACCAUGACUGUCGGCCUCUUUGCCUUCAACAACAGGCAGCCAUCACGGGCAUCCUGUGCAAGGACUGUUUCCGGUUUGUGUAUCCACUCACAUUUAAUGCAAAUAUUUGCCUUAUUAACAUGGCCAGCCCCUCAAGACGCUCGCGAUAUUUUCAACUGCCGCCCAAACGUAUGCAACAAAAUAUAUAACCUCAACUUAUGCUAAUGCCACGGCCAAAGAAGACAGUGGAGAGGGUUGAGUCCGUUGAAUGUUUGUGUUAAUUCAAAUGACAUUAUUUAAUGCAUAGUACACGAAACAUAGCGCUAAGUGUGCUUGUCUCAGUGUGCGUUUGUGUGUGCGUGAAAAGAAAGUGUUUUAAUUUAAUGUGUUAACCGCUUGCAUAAUUCGUCGAAAAGUGACAAAAAGUGAAUUUAGUCACGCUUUAAUUUUAAUAGUGUUAUAUAAACUAAGCAUGCCCGGCCAGAGGCAACAAUUACUCGUAUGUCUAAUAAUAACUGACUCAAAUGGCAGUUCAAUUCGCAUAUAUCAAUUAUGGUUCGCAGGAGAGUUGAAAUACACGCCUAAGACACAAUCUCUCGAUGCCUGCAAGACUCUUUUCCAGUGGUUAACAACAAUAACAAUAACAAGAACAUCUACGAUGGAAAUCGAUAUUUGUCAGAGACGUACCAAUAAUGAAAUUCGUGAUUUUGCUAUGCGUGCUAAGUGCGCUGCUGCUGCAGAUUGAGGCGUCGCCGGUGCAGCUGCUGUCGAGAAGCGAAAGGGCCGUAGCCCGCCAGCAGGCGGUCAACAAUGAGGUGGCACCGGCGGCGGCACCGGCCAGCGAAGAUGACGAUGACGACGAUGAGGAUGAUGACGAUGAUGAGCCGGAUUUGGGCGACUUAGUUGAUGACGAUGAUGUUAUUUUGCUUUCGGGGUUUACAGAUGAUGACGAUGAGGAAGAUGAUGAUGAUGAGGAAGAAGAUGACACGCCACAAGGUCAAGCAGCGCCAGCAGCGACCGCCAGCGAUGAUGAUGACGAAGAGGAUGACGAUGAUGAUGACUACUUGGAUAGGCUCUUCGAUGAUAUUUUGGGCGAUGAUGACGAUGAGGACGAUGAUGACGAGGUGGCGCCUGCUGCCAGCGCUCAGCAGAGCCCUGCUGCCGCUGCGCCCGCACAGGCUCUGGAGGAAGUCGCGCCUGCCGCUUCAAGUGGCUCGCUGAGCUCCGGCAUUUCUGAUGGUGUCGAUUUGCCCGCGGAGAGCGGCAAUGCUGCUGAGCCAAUAGCGGCCGGCAACACUGUCGAGGAUGUGGCUGCAGCUGCAGCGCCCGCCCAGACGGCGAGCAACAGCAACAACGAAGGUGCGCUGACAGGUGACGACGAGGAGUCUGACGACGAUGACGAUGAUGACGACGAUGAUGAUAUUAUUGGCGAUGACGUCAUCGAGGCCAGACGCGAAGCACGUGAUCUGAAAAACAACGUCAUUGACAUGUCAACGGAUGCAUUCCAAGCGCGCCAUAAUCAUUUCAUUGAUGCCAUAUUCUCUCGCAUAAAUCGCAUUGUGGCCGACAAUUACGAUCCGUUUGUGGUACGAUUGGCCGGUCGCUCGGCCACGCCCACCUAUGGAAGCGCUGGCGUGAAGACAACAACAAAGACCAAGGGAAAUGCUAACCACAAGGCAACAACUCACAAAAAACUCAAGAACACCCGCUCGGAGCCGCGCACCGCCAGCAGCACGGAGUCCGUCAAAUUGCAGGAGCAAUUGACGCAAUUACAGACAGAACUUGGUGUCAAAGCCAUCGAACAGCAGGCGGUGGAGGAGCAAAGGCAACAGGCCAUGGCAUCCGGCUCUGGCAAAGCGGAAACUCGCACCGUGUUCAAUGGGGAGCAGGCAAGCGUCAAAGCCAACCAAAAGAAAUCCACGGCCGGACAGCAGCAGACGGCGCAUAAACACAACACGAAAAAGGCAGCGGCUGCGGCGGCACUGAAGGCGGGAAACGCGAACUACAAUCAGCCAGCCGGCGUGGGGGCAUCCAAGGCGGGUACGGAAGUGGAGAAGCUGCAAAAAGCCGAAGGCAGUCUGUCCGGUCUGGCGUCACUGAAACGUGUGGGCAAUGUGAAGGUGAUCAGCGAUGCGGAAGGGCGCAAUUCGACCAUUAAGGCCAGAUUUACGCUGGGCCCAUUGACUCUGCGCGUGGAGAAGUCCUUUAAGCGGGGCAGUGUGCGCAACGUGAAAAGCGCCACGGCCAGGACCAACGAGAUGAUCGGCCGCAUCAAGUUCAGUGUGCUGGAUGAUCGGGCCACCUUGAUGUCAAUCAAGGUGCAGCAGCCCAAGCAGGUGGAGGUGGAGAGCAAGGACAAUCACGACCGAACCCGCGAAUUCGUCUGGCGUCGCACACCCAAAAUUGCCAAAUUGGUCAAUGAGAAGCUCAAAUUGGCAGCCGAGUCCCUCUUUACGCCGCAGGGCGUUGAAGUUGUGAGACUCUAAGGGGCAGACAAUUGCCAUCUUUUGCACAGCCAGAUCAAUGUAGUCUUAAACCUAAUUUUAAUGUCUAAUUUAUUUAUUUAAUUUAUUUGCUCACUAUUUACUAUUCACUAUUAAUAACUCAAUUAUUUCUCUCGCAA